AUGUAUCCGAUUGAUAACUCAAAUGAUAUUACUUUUGAAGGCAUGAAUGAAGCAUCACCUUCAUUGUUUCUAGUAGGCAGCCCAACCCAAUUUCAGUAUGGUUUGCCUAUAGUCCCUUUAACUGAUGAAGAAUUGGAGAUUUUUCACACAUCAAUUUUACCGAACAUAACCAAGAAUUCACUAUAUGUGGGAGGAGUCAACAAACAACAGAUUGAGAACAAUGAUGUACAAUAUCUAUUUGGAGAAGGAACCACCAAUCUUCAACAGACUGUGAACAACAAUGAUGUACAAUAUCUAUUCGGAGAAGGAUCCACCAAUCUACAACAGACUGUGAACAACAAUGAUGUACAAUGUCUAUUCGGAGAAGGAACCACCAAUCUACAACAGACUGUGAACAACAAUGAUGUACAAUAUCUAUUCGGAGAAGGAACCACCAAUCUUCAACAGACUGUGAACAACAAUGAUGUACAAUGUCUAUUCGGAGAAAGAACCAGUCUACAACAGACUGUUAACAACAAUGAUGUACAAUGUCUAUUCGGAGAAGGAACCACCAAUCUACAACAGACUGUGAACAACAAUGAUGUACAAUGUCUAUUCGGAGAAGGAACCACCAAUCUACAACAGACUGGGAACAACAAUGAUGUACAAUGUCUAUUCGGAGAAGGAACCACCAAUCUACAACAGACUGUGAACAACAAUGAUGUACAAUGUCUAUUCGGAGAAGGAACUGGUCCACAACAGACUGUUAACAACAAUGAUGUACAAUGUCUAUAUGGGGGAGGAGCCAAUUACCCACAGCAGAUUAUGAACAAUGAUGACCAAUGUCUAUUCGGGGACGAAGACAAUUACCCACAACAGAUUAUGAACAAUGAUGUACAAUGUCUAUUCGGGGGCGAAGCCAGUUACUCACAACCGAUUAUGAACAAUGAUGUACCAUGUCUAUACGGGGGUGGAGCUAACCCACAACAGACUGUGAACAUUGAUGCACAAUACAUGGGAGGAGCCAAUUACCCACAGCAGAUUAUGACCAAUGAUGCACAGAACACGGGAGGAGCCAAUUACUCGCGACAGAUUAUGAACAAUGAUACACAAAACAGGGUAGGAGCCAAUAACCCACAGCAGAUUAUGACCAAUGAUGCACAAAACAGGGGAGGAGCCAAUUACCCACAGCAGAUUAUGACCAAUGAUGCACAGAACACGGGAGGAGCCAAUUACUCGCGACAGAUUAUGAACAAUGAUACACAAAACAGGGUAGGAGCCAAUAACCCACAGCAGAUUAUGACCAAUGAUGCACAAAACAGGGGAGGAGCCAAUUACCCACACCAGAUUAUGACCAAUGAUGCACAGUACAUGGGAGGAGCCAAUUACCCGAACCAGAUUAUGAACAAUGAUGCACAGUACAUGGGAGGGUCGAAUUACCCGCAACAGAUUAUGAACAACGAUGCACAAAACAGGGGAGGAGACAAUUACCCUCAACAGAUUGGGACCAAUAAUGCACAAUAUCUAAACGGGGAAGGAGGAUCUAACCCACAACAAACUAUGAACAAUGAUGCACAAUAUCUAUACGGGGGAGGAGGAGUUAACCCACAACAGACUGGGAACUAUAAUAUACUAAAUUAUCCAUUCGGGGGAAGAAUCGACUUACAUCAGAAUGGGAGCAAUGCUGUACAAGAACUAUUUGGGGAAAGGUUCAACCCACACCAGAUUCAGAACGCCGUCAACAACAACAACAAAAACAACAACAACAAAAGCAACUCUAGCGCAAGACAAAUCGAGAAUGGUGGAAGUUCUAACGGCAUGUCAAACAGGCCGGGUCCCAUUCUUGACAAUCCUUCUAUGUACAAUAGUAAUCAUCAAAACACGACAAUAGAGAACAUAAGGCGAUCAAGCGAAAAAAGGCCUUUUCUUGAUACUAACUACCAAUCCCAAAACCACUAUAACAACCCUCAUUGUCACCCACCCAAAUACCAAGCAUUAACAAGGCCAUCAAAUCUUUGUAAUGUCCAGACUGCACCCCACAUGAAUACAGAUGGUAGAAUGUCAAUUGGUCCGGCAACCAUGGCCGUCAUGCCUCCGCCAAAUAAUCAAAAAGGAGUGAAUCAAGUGUCACUUGUCAAAAACCUCUAUAAAGAAGUUACUGAUGAACAAAGAAGGCAUAUGCUAUUACAGGGUCGGGGGGUUCGUGUAAUUCCUGAACCUACAGGAAUGCUUAAGCCAAUAGUGCGCUCUUGGAGUGGAAUUGUUAGUAAAGGUAACCGCCUAUUUGAGUUCAAAAACACUGAUAUCGAUACUACUAACAACAUGUUCAUGGCGCCAAAUCCGAAUAUAAAUUUUCAUAUGAACGUUUGUAAUCAUUAUGAAGAUGCCAUGAAGGUAUAUAAUAAUGAUACUAUAGGAGGCGAUAUUAAUGGAAAUGAUUUGAUGAUUCCAAACUCACACCAAAAUGUUGUUUACCCUAUUGAAAACAACAACCUUCCCCUGGGGCAGCCCGAGGAGAACAACAACAAUGAGCACAUUCAAGCUGAGCCACUACCCACAACAAUAAUACCACCAAUCUCACAACAAAAUGUUGUGGACCCUGUUGAAAACAACGACCCUCCCAUGGGGCAGCCCGAGGAGAACAACAACAACAAUAACGAGCACAUUGAAGCUGAGCCACUACCCAUAACAAUAAUACCACAAAUCUCACAACAAAAUGUUGUGGACCCUUUUGAAAACAACGACCCUCCACUGGGGCUGCCCGAGGAGAUGAACGGGCACAUUGGAGGUGGUGAGCUAACAUUACCACCGUUUGAAGAAAUUGAAGAUUAUUUGAACUCGACGUUAUUUGAAGAAGAAGGUUUUUCCUUGGAUUUUUUUGACAAUAUUGAUUUUUCUUCUAUGGGGGACAUCAUUACUGGCCAAGGAUCGAUUGAGAAAUCAUGA